UGCGGGGUCUGCAUCUGCAAGGACGCCCUGGUAAUAGACCUUUGGACAUCUUCGUCAGUGCGGUGCCAGACAUCAUCCUCUCUGAAGGCUGUUUGUGCACCUCCCUCCUCUACGUUUGAUGCUAAUUGAAGGGAGGGGGAGUGUAUAACGUAUUUCUCUGUCAACUCAACGUUUAGCUGCGCCACUGUUUCUGUCACGACCAGUCGACAGAUCCACCCACCCGCGACGUUUUUGUGGUGCGAGUAAGAUAACGCUAAAGAGGAUUAAGAUAAAGCUUAUUGUGAAAUAUUUAGUGGCAGGCCUAGGCUAUAGGACUUUAUGGCGUUUCUUUAGUAAUGAGGUUACUACGAAAAUUGUAGGCGUAUCUAGGAACCAGUCCAAAACACACAGAAGGAGCGGAACAAGGAUAUCCACUCCCUCUCAGACUUGCUGGGAAAGCAGGUUAUUUGAGGACCAAACGCUCUCCAAGACACACCAUGGAAGAUAGCCCUCAGCGGGCUGUGCAAGGCCUGGGCUCCUUCCCGUGGUACGUGGGGGGGACUCAGGUUCUGGGCCUGGCCUGUGUGGUGAUCACGGGCGUGUGGAUGGGCAGCUAUCACGGAGGCUACGCCUGGGAUGGUUCUGGACAGGAGUUCAAUGUACAUCCGCUCUGCAUGGUCCUGGGCCUGGUCUUUCUCUAUGGAGAUGCGAUCCUGGUGUACAGAGUAUUUAGGAAUGAAAGCAAACGCAACGUCAAGGUUCUCCAUGCUGUGCUCCACCUUCUCGCCCUCAUUAUCAGCAUAGUGGGUAUCGUGGCUGUGUUUGACUUCCAUAAUCAGAACAAGAUCCCCAACAUGUACUCCCUCCACAGCUGGUGUGGCAUGCUCACCUUUGUUCUCUUCUGUGUACAGUGGCUGAUGGGGCUUGGUUUCUUCCUCUUCCCUGGGAUGUUAAUGGCGCUGCGGAGCUGGUACCUGCCACUACAUGUCUUCUUUGGCCUGGCCAUGCUUGCCAUGUCCCUAGCCACCUGCUUACUGGGCAUUUCAGAGAAAUUGUUCUUCAGUAUCCAACACACAUAUUCACAGUUUGUCCCAGAGGGGAUCCUUGGUAACAUGCUAGGACUGCUGCUAGUAGCAUUUGGGAUUCUGGUAGGCUACGUGGUGACACGGGAGGACUUCAGGAGACCCCCACACCCAGAGGACGAAGCCUUAUCUGUGCACUUUAAGACCCUGACUGAGGGGGGAGGGAGCCCCACCUCACCUUAAACCAGGAAACACUCUGGUCUGAAAAGCUACUGUGUGCUCGGGCUUUUAUAAAAUAAAAAUAAAAAGCUGGUCUAUGAGAGCUGGCAUGUAACAAAAGCCUGCACACCCAGUAUCUCUCCAGGACCAGCUGGAGAUCUGGCUGAUAUGCUGUCUUUAUUUCAUGUCACAUCAAGAGCUGUUGUACACCCCCUUGAGGUGAAAUGGAGGUAUGACAGGACUGUUUUGACUGCUGUCAGAGAUUAGCAGUCACAAAUGUGCCAUAUAAAGGCUCUAAAAACAAAAUAGCCUGUGCUAAGUGUUCAGUGAGGACAAAGCCGUGUGUCCAAGCCAAUUAGUUGUGCCUUCAUCCAUACUUUAACAAGGAGUAACCUCCAGUAUUACAAACUCAACUUCCAAGCUUGUGAUAAAUGAAGAAGUUGCAGUUCAUUGUCACAAAAUAUUGAAUUAAUCUGUUGAAUUUAUUUUAAAGGAUGCACAAAGUUGUGACUGAACAAUGCCUGGACUUUUGGGGUUGAAUUACCCCUAGGCACUGUUGAAGCAGUUUCUUUACCAUUCCUUAUGUUUGGCUGGGUUGAAUUUUCAUUGAUUCAGGGUUUCCCAAGCCCCCCCCAGAAGAUUCAUAUUUGAGUUUUAACCCUAAAGCACAUCUGACUCAAUUAGUCAAAGGCUUGAUGGUUACUUGAAUCAGGUGCUACCACCUAUCCAAUAGGUUCAGGGCCCAGUUUUUUGCGAUUGGAUUAAAUCGUAGCAUUGGGUAUUUCAAAACAAAUUACCAUCAAGAUUAAAUGUUUUUCAAGACUGAAAGGUAGUGAUUAGGAUACUCUGUAGAGCAUUGCGCUUGCAGGAUGGUGGGUUCGAUUCUGGAACCACUCAUGUAAAAAAAAUAAUAAAGAAAUCGAAUGUAUGCACGUAUAACUAAGUCGCUUUGGAUAAACAGCAAAUUCUGACUGAAAAUUGGAAGGCACUACAACCAAGACAUUUCAAGGUGGGGAGGUUUAAACGUUCAUUAUGUUAAAUCGACUGCAGUAUAGGUAUGUGGUCAGUUAUAUUGAGAAGUGUCAAAUACAUGCAUGUUCUUUUGUGAUAUGCAGACAUUUUUCAUCUUAAUUACUUUAAUGUGUUUCACUAUGACAGUGUAGAAGUAGUCAUGACCUGUCCAGUAGAGGGCAAGGUGUAGGCCUACUCAAAAGCCUGUGAUCUUACUAUUGCAGUAUUUGAUCUAAUCUUGAUUUGUAAAAUAUGGGUUUACAGAAUCAUUUGUAUCUGGACUAAGGGGUCAAUUUGGUAUUCAGUAAAGAUCUUUUAUGCGUCUGUGGUGUAAAAUGCUCAGAGCUAGUGUAAUAGAAGGGAGUUAUAGUAUUUGUGCCAAACUGGAUUUAAUUGUACAAUAAGCUGCUUAUAUCUGUAUCCAUGUUUGCGGUGUAUGAAUGUUAUGUAUUGUAAUUUGCUUUGUUCAAAGCAUCUACUUGUCCUAAUAUUUAAAUCAGUUUGAAGAAUAAUUUAACUAAGAUUACUUGAGAUUCAAUAUUGCUGCCUCUUUUCACUUGUGGAAACUUGUUCUAUACAAUAGGCACUGCUGACUGACAAUUAUUAAACCUAUAUUGCCUUCCUAUCACUUAUUAAAGAUGCAUGACUCAUA